GUAGACUUACUAUAGGGAGGCUUUGUGUCUGGCUGGAUUUUAAAGUGUCUUGUAGGAUGGGCUUUUCUCUCUGUGGAGCUCUCUGCGUUUGAGGGGAAUGGCAUGAAAAGAUAUCUGUGAGCUAGCCUACUUCAGAAAUCUUCAAAAGAGGAGGAAAAAGUGACUUUGCAGUUACAACUGUUGCUCAUUACUUUGAGAAACAACAACAACAAUAGGUCGACUGUAGAGAAAACCAUGGUGAGGUUGAGAGCUACCAUUCUUUUUUGCCUAGGUUUUCUUCUGGUUUCUGUUCGAGGUCAAGGCGACUUUGAUUUGUCUGAUGCUCUUGAUCAUUCAGGGAAACUGACUACUGAGAAACCUGCACCACCUACCAAAAGGCCAGCAUCAGAUAACCACCCAAAACCCCAACCACAUCCUCAUCCACGACCAGGGAGCAAUAGCAACACCGGUGAUAUCAGCGACUUAGAUCUCAAUGAUGGGAAGCCUCUGCCACCAAGGCCACCAGGAGAAAGGGAACAGAAUUACAAUCAUGAAGGAAACACUGAUGCUGGACUAGCAGCUGGAGUCGCAUCUCCUGUUGUUUCUGCAUUUGUGCUGUUGCUUGUUGGAUCAGUAGCUGGCUACAGAGCUUACAAGAAUAAGCAACUUUGUUUUAAACCACGUGGUGAGACCUCUAUAUAAGCUGCCAGGAGAUGACCUACACAGUGAUAGUGGCAAGAUCAGUCCAAGAUGUAUAACAUACAUAUAUUGCUCUCCUGAAAAAAUAAUGCAUAAAACGGCUUUUUUUCCUUGGGACAAAAAAAAAAAAAAAGAAAAAGAGGAGGACCAGCUAAAGCCAAAAGCAAGUUUUAUAAGUCCUUUCUAUGCUUUGGUUAUCCUACACUGAAACCCCCCCCCCACCAUUCACUGAAAAUCUUGAAAACGCAUCACAUUUCUUCUCUCCUCAGCUUACUGACACAAUUUUAUUCUGGACUUUAUGUAAUUAAAGAUGCACUUAAUGUAUGUAUAAGUAAUAUAGCACAAUCUUCAUGUUCUACAUUUUGUGUGUAUAUUUUGGUUCACAUGUUAAAUCAGGUCAGUUUCUUGUUUAUAAAACUAUAUAAUAACCUUCUGAGGUUUAAUGUUUUGCAUCUGAGCAUUUUAACCACAGAAUAGGUAGUAUUUUUUUGCUUCCUUAAACAUAAUACUUCUAGUGACAGAGGCACAAAGAAUUUGCCAUUCUCACCUGUGCACAUAGAUACACUCUUAUGUAUUAUAUGUAUUUUAUGAGAUUUAUGGACUUAAUCCUUUUUAUACAACUUGAAUAAGUAUUUAUACCUUUUCUUUUGACCCUUGCAUCUGAAUUCUGUUGAAUGGAAGAAUCAAUAGUUGAAAACUGUUUUUCUUUAAAAAACCCUGUUAUGGGUGACAUACUAAAUGUUAAAAUACCUUUUUUUUAAAUGAACUCCAAAGGACACAAGUUGAUCUCUAAAGAAUUGUGUUAAACUCCACUUAAAUUCUAAAAGUCUGAAGUUAACUUUACUUCUCUUCAAUGACACUUGAUGUAGAAAGAGCAUUUCUAGAACCCUUUAAAGUCAGCAGGAAGCCCUCGCAUUGACUUUAAUCAGUUAUGAAUCAACUCCUUAAGUACCAGCUUUUAGGUAAUUUGGAGGCUCUGUAAUAGAAACCAAGGCUACAUGGUGCAGUGCAAUGCUGUGCAGAUGCACAAGCUAGUAUAAAUAUCAGAAGCAGUCUAGUCAAAUUUAAUGUGAUCCUCUGCCCAGGCUAAUAUAUGCUGAAGAGAAGUACCUAGCUUGAAUAAACAAGGUUCACACUGAAUCUUGCCAUGCAGACAGACCCAUAAAAUGGGCAAGUCCUUAAAAUAUACUUUAUUGGAUAUAUUAUAGAAGAGGAGGUGUCACCACCAAGAGCCUGGUUAACCCUUUCCUGGACCCCCAACUGCUGCGGCUUUGUCUGGUGAGCAAGGCAAGGCUCCAAAGCCCUGGCGACAGCUGCAGGACCAGAGGAGGAUUAACCUGGCUCUCGGCAAUAACACCUGACACCUUCCUGCCUCCAUUCAGGAGCCUCCUUUUUCUGAGUGCCAGGGACUCCUGUGUCACAUACAACAGCUACCUGUGCCCACUUGUGCUGGUCGGGCACCUCUGUUACAGCCGCUAGCUAUGGAGUCUUGGCCUUUCAGUGAUAGCUGUGUCUCCUCAUAUGUUUUUAACUCUGGAGAUUUUGGUUUAGUCCUGAUUUGGCAGCAACAUGGUGUUGACCACCAUGUAAUGAAAAUACAUUAUAAGGAGUAUGGGUAGGAAACACAGGGUGCAUUUACACAUGCACUUUCCUGUGGAAUUGACUAAUUAGCUCCGCAGUAAAGCAUCACAGUCUACACGUGUGCCAGUAUCAGGGCAUAGUAAACUAAUUAACUCCCCCAUAGGAUAAUGUUGUUGGGGACAUUAUUAUUUUACAGUGGAGUACUUUACUACACCGAGACAAACAUUUAGACAGUGACGGAGGUUUAAAUUGUGCCCAGUCAGUCCAGCCAGCUGGGGGCUUGCUCCACUCCAGCUCAAACUGCUGCUGUCGUGAGUACAUGUGAUGAUGCUAUGCCCAGCAGUAGUUGUCUCCGGCACAAACUACUCCAGAGUUUAUUGUGUCACUUUAAUUUCACAUGUAGAUGUGCCUGCAGUGUUUUCAAUUGGAAGCCGUAUCUUGAAGCAAUCUAUAUAAUCACCCUGCCACCUUUUAGCUUUUUGAAAUGUAGGCUCUGCCCACAUUUCAAAUAUAUGUUCUCUGCUCAUUUUUAAACUGAUACCUAGUUUACACUUAAUUUCUGUUGAGUAUGAUUUUAUGUUUUUCCUCUUCCUCAUCAGCAUAGCUAUGCUGUCUGUGCCUCCCAGCAUAGAAAUAUUUUUAUUCUACAAAAUGUGCUUUUGUCAUAUACAUAUACAUAUAUAUAUACUCUCUCUAUUGCAAACUUCCAAUAAAUGCUACUUUUCUUUUAUCUAA